UCCCCUGGCCCUCGGCUCCAGCAGGGACUUUGGGCCCUUUCUUGUGUCCUGUUUGUUAAAGGCAUGCGGGCUACUGCAUUCAAGAGGGCUGGUCCUUAACAAAGGGAAAGAGAUAAAUGUAAAUAAGCUCACAUUUUUCAGAAUGAGCAGUUUGCAGUAAGAAGCUGCGGCAGCCCAGAGUCUGCUUCUUUGGGCUGGGCUAACCUUUCCCUGUUUAAAAAAAAAAUGGAUAAAAAUAUGCACUUCCAAAGUGCGAGUUGCCCGUUUACAUGUUUAUUAGCUAAUUAUCUACAGGCAUGAGCACACUCUCAUCUAGCACACUGUUUUUUGGGGACUACUGUUCUCUGGAGGAGUGUGAAAAUCAGUUCUCCUUAAUAUUGAGCUCAGGAGGGAAAGAAAUUUAGAGGCGGUGAAGCUAAGAGACAAGCACGCCUUGGAGAAACCCCUGACCACAGUGCCCUCGGAAAAUCCACUGAUUAUCCAAGUCUCGGAUAAAAUUGGUGCCAUAAUUUGGUUUGAACUAAUGAGGAAAACAUUUCCUACCAAUCCCUAGUUUUAGAGAGGUGAAUCCCUGCAGCUAGCAGGCCUUCUGGAAAAAAUAAUCCAUGGGUGACCGAAGAUUUAUUGACUUCCAAUUCCAAGAUUUAAAUUCAAGUCUCAGACCCAGAUUGGGCAAUGUGACUGCCAAUAACACUUGCAUUGUUGAUGAUUCCUUCAAGUACAAUCUGAACGGUGCUGUCUACAGUGUUGUGUUCAUCCUGGGUCUAAUAACCAACAGUGCCUCUCUGUUUGUCUUCUGCUUCCGCAUGAAAAUGAGAAGUGAGACUGCUAUUUUCAUCACCAACUUGGCCCUCUCUGAUUUGCUUUUUGUCUGUACCUUACCUUUCAAAAUAUUUUACAAUUUUAACCGCCACUGGCCUUUUGGUGACACCCUCUGCAAGAUCUCCGGGACUGCAUUUCUCACCAACAUCUAUGGGAGCAUGCUCUUCCUCACCUGUAUUAGUGUGGAUCGUUUCCUGGCCAUUGUCUAUCCCUUCCGAUCUCGAACCAUUAGGACCAGGAGGAAUUCUGCCAUUGUGUGUGCAGGGGUCUGGAUCUUAGUCCUCAGUGGUGGAAUCUCAGCCUCUUUGUUCUCCACCACUAAUGUCAACAAUGCAACUACCACUUGCUUUGAGGGCUUCUCUAAACGUGUUUGGAAGACUUAUCUGUCCAAAAUCACCAUAUUUAUUGAAGUUGUUGGGUUCAUCAUUCCCCUGAUAUUGAAUGUCACUUGCUCUUCUGUGGUGCUGAGAACCCUCCGCAAGCCUGCAACACUGUCUCAAAUUGGGACUAAUAAGAAAAAAGUGUUGAAGAUGAUUACAGUGCAUAUGGCUGUUUUUGUGGUAUGCUUUGUACCUUACAACUCUGUUCUCUUCCUAUAUGCCUUGGUACGCUCCCAAGCCAUUACUAAUUGCUUAUUGGAAAGAUUUGCAAAGAUCAUGUACCCAAUCACCUUGUGCCUUGCAACUCUGAAUUGUUGCUUUGAUCCUUUCAUCUAUUACUUUACCCUUGAAUCCUUUCAAAAGUCUUUUUACAUCAAUACCCAUAUCAGGAUGGAGUCCCUGUUUAAGACUGAAACACCUCUAACCCCAAAGCCUUCCCUUCCAGCUAUUCAAGAGGAAGUUAGUGAUCAAACAACAAAUAAUGGUGGUGAAUUAAUGUCAGAAUCUACCUUUUAGGUACUAAAGUUGCCUUCAGGCCCAGUUAAUGGUUUCUCCUAUGGUUUUACUUAUGCUAUAGAUAAGAAAGAAAAAUAGCAAAUGAUGCUGAGAUUAACGUACCAAAUACAGUCAGCUACUUUUGUUUGAACAUUUACUGUACAUAUUCUGUUUUGUUCAGUAAUUAUAGGUCAAGUCUAAUUACAACAACCAAAACCAAUCAUCAGAUUCCUGCUGAAUUGUAAUUGCAUUGUACCACAUUAUAUCAAGUGGUCAAUAUCUGGACUUUUUUGUUAUGUGGAGAUUACUUUAAGACUUUUUCUUCAAAACAUUCCGUUGAUUUUGGUAAUUGGAUUGGGCCUAUAAAUAUAGAACAAAUUCAGGGAUUAUUUAAAAAAUGUUCGUGCUACUACUGAUAUAUGCUAGGUCUUUUUUCUUUUGUUGAAUUGAAUUUAUUUUAGUACAAGAACAUAUUUUAACCUAAUAUCAUUUACAAGAAAAGUAUUGAAUUUAAGAAUGUUUGGCAAAAUUUUUCUGAAUGUUUAACAUAGAAAAAGGUAUGUUUGAUGAAGAUGGCUGAAAAAUUGGAAAGUUAACCACAUUUACACAUUUAUAACCAACAUUAGUGUCACUUUUUAAAGCUAUAAAAGUAUAUUAGAAUCUUCAUAUGACAUUUCUAAGCCAGAGAGCUGCUACAAAUGUGCCUAACAGGUACAAAAUGGAAAAAGAAAAACAUAAAUUUACAAAAUGUCAUAAAAUCUUAAGCAAUGCCACAUUAGUUCUUUAUACUUCCAUUUAUCUUUUCUGGAGGGUAGGAACUGGAUUAUGUAAAAUAUUUAUUCUUUGUAUUAAAUGUUGACACACAGUGCAGCCAGCAAACUUCAUUAUCUGCUCCAAGGUCAGGAACAAGUUGAAAAGUGAACAUCUUAAAAUUUGCAUUAAUAAUUAUUUUGGGGUAGAGAUCUGUAACUUUAAACUACUUCUUCUUUUUUUCAAUUAAAUUUUGGGGCACAAUGUAGCCAAGAAGCUACUGAGUUUGUGCCCAGGUCGGGAGCAUAUUGAAAAAAAAUACAUAAAUCAAAACAAAUAAAAUAAAAACUACAAAACAAAAAAAGACAAAAAAAACCCACAAGCAACAAA